UGAAGUGAAGUUGUAGAAAUCGUGUAAUAGAUCGAUAAGUGACAAAUUGACAGUGAAGUGAGGGACUUUAAUUUAGAAAAAUGAAGAGCGCGUAUUUAUUAUCAAUUUUACUUAUCGGAUUCGUGAGGUCGAGUGAGGUCGACAAUGAGUUAAGAUCAGAAGAAUCAGUGCAACGUAGUUUGAACAACAAAUGCGUCGCUCGGGAAAUUUCGUCCUGUCUCGCCGCAGAGCUUGUCGGGUACGCGGAUAAAAUACUGAAGACUGCCUCAAUCCAGCUGACGGACGAUAUGAUGAUCGUUGACGAAAGCAACGGUGCGGCAGCUAAAAUGCCAAUAAAAUCUGAAUCCUUGGCGCGAGCUGGUAAAUCUGUAGAAGAUAAAGCACAAGAGAUCAUCAUUAAUAAAUUGUGGAACUUCGCAACCACGCGGUCUUUGAGAUAUAGACUGUUGGAUAACGCUGAUGUUGUUAUUUCUGGUAAACAAGAGAAAGAUGGAAGCUUUGGAGUUGGUGUUUCAAUGAAAGCACCAAAAGCAAUUGAAACAGGAAGAGCCAGAAACAAGAACAUGGGUCCGUUAUUGGCUGCAGCAGCUAUGAAGUUUGGUCUACUCGGGGCCCUCACAUUUAAAGGCCUGUACUUAAUGGUCGGGAAGGCCCUCCUAGUCUCCAAAAUAGCUUUGCUGUUGGCUACAAUCAUUGGACUCAAAAGAUUAUUCUCUCCUCAGGCUAUCAACAAAAAGGACUAAACAUAUGGGUGAUUGAGACCUGAUUGGAAAUUGUGGCGAGUGGUUUAAGAUUUUACCUCAACCUAUUAAUAAAGAUUGACAUGAAACUGACAAAUCAACUAUAGAGUUACGAUUCUAUUAGAAUGGACAAAAAGAAAAAUGUCUUUUUUUGGCCAGUUACU